AUGGCAAAAGUUCGAUCCCCACAGCAUUUACACUUGGUUCGGAAGGUUCUGUCAGUGUGUCAUGUUUACUCACUGAGGAGUCAAAUCAGCAUGGAGCUCAUUUACUCCAUCUGGUUGCGGGGGGGCUGCCUAUCUUCAGCAGUCUCUGGGCAUGCAGCAGCUGUUCCCACUCAGCAAUCAGCUACAAUUGUCUCCAGCCACCCUGAGGAUCAUUUAAAACCAGUUCCUGCAGGUUGGAGUCACUGUCAGAAGGUUCUGAAUUCUGUGUUGGUGCAGUCUGUCAGCAUUAGCAGCAAAAUGAGGGUGUUGUGGAUUUCUUUCCUGCUGAUCGGAGGCAUCUUCUGUGCUCCUCAACAAGCAGUCCCUGAAGGUGAACCACCCAUGUGGAUGUAUUUGGCUUCACCUUCUGGACAAGCUCAGUCCCCACCAGCUUAUGAGAAACCUGUGGGACAGGCUAGUGGCUACGUGGGCUACAGUGGCUAUCCUCAGCAAUCUAGUGGUUCUGUGGGUUAUAGCAGCAAUCCAGGGCUUUACUAUGGUGGCAGCACCAGUACUGCUGUGGGUGAGGGUUCUUCUCCUUAUCUGGUCCAGCAGGGCAUCUCUCAGGUUGGUCAGCAAGGAGCUACAGGUAGCAGUGGACCUUACCAGCAGACUGAGGAGACCUGGAGCUCUUCAUCUGACACCAGUGGUGAGGAUGAGCCAGUCUUCACUCCUGUGGAGGACGAGGAUGAGGUGUACGCUUUCAAGUCUCGGUCCAAUUACAACCUUAAGCGCCUGCUGUUCAACCAGUUCCGCUACACCCCAACGCAGCUCUACCAAGAUGAGCCUCAAUAUCAUCAUCACCACCACGGCAAAGGACAUCAUCACAAGGCUUAA